GACAAAUGUUUUGAAGGUCUGUGUAAUCCCUCCAGUCUAACACAUAACAAAAGAUGGUUUAAUACUGGAACUGGAUGUUGGUUACUACAGUUUACCAUAAAGAUUAUUCCUAUAGUUUUAAUCCUUAUUGGUGCGAGCUGUCACCUGAGUCAUAUUUUGCAUAAUCAUUCAUAUGUUAAACUAGGGUGACAAGAUUUUCAAAAUUCUAAACUGGAUACACCAAGGCUGAGACAAAUAAAUGGUUUUGGACAAAUCUGCUGGGACAGGGAACACAGGGCUCAAAACUGGGACUAAUCUAUUUUAGUCACCCUAGGCUAGUCAUCUACAGUGUUGUUGGUGCCACAGGUGUCCGGAGUGUCCACGGGAGGGCAGCACAAACCGGAAACAGAAACAUGCUCAAACUGAAGGCGGCUUCUUUUGUUUUCUGAGUAUAAUUUUUUUCACAUUUUGACUUUAAUCAAACCAAAUAAAAUCCUCGGAUCUCAGCCUCACGUCACGUUUAUACAACACUUUGCUCCGGAUCGAACGCCUGCAUAAUCAGAGCCAAAAUGUUGCAGAGAGAGUUGACCACCUUCUCUGUGACUCCUGCAGCAAGUGUCCUCUCCAGGUGUGUGUCCAGAGGAGCCCUGAGACAGGAGGAGAUAGACUCCGCCCUUGUUGAUGCAAGCCCCACCUUCUCCUCUCACCUGUCCAGAGCAGAGGAACGAUUCAGAACACAGAGAGAAUUGGACCAGUUACAGUUACAGAUGGAAUUGCUGCAGAUGGAGAAACUAAAUGCAGAUGUCACUCACCCCUUUCACCUCAUGCAUCAGUUUGAGCGGCUGCAGCGCUUUUCUUCUCACCUUCAGGAUGUGCUCCGGGACCAGACCCGGCUCAGACAGAGACUCCUGAGGCCCCUGGGACAGACGUACCUGCCUGUCCCUGCCCAUCUGCACAGAUUUGUGGUGGAAGUGGUGCGGAUGUUCUUGGACUUCAUUGAGACUUUGGAGCAGAAGAUCUUGUGUGUCCGGAGCAGUCCCAGUGCUCCUGAACGCCUCACAGAGAUGAACUCCUCCCUCUCUCAGCUACUGUCACUUGUGGCCGAGGUUCAAACUUUGUCUGAUCAGAUUCUGACCUGGAAGGAAGUCCGUAGCAGUGUUUUGAGUGACAGCUCUGUGCGAACUACCACCUCUGACCCCACCUGUGACCCUGUGACCUCUGAACCCUGACCUCAUCUGCGACCCCUUGACCCUUCGUGUCUUUGAAUGUUAUCAUGGAGAUAUUUUAAUUUCAUUAAAGUUUAUUCAAAUCAGA